CCCCCCCCUCUCUCUCUCAAAACCUCCACCCAAACAAACAACUCAAACUCCGCUCUCUUUUUAUCACUUAUCAGGUGUGUGUGUAUAUAUAUCGGUGAUUGUUGAAUUGCACUCUCAACAUAUUUCAAUAUCUUCUUCCAUGGCGGCGUCGAUGAUGUCGAACUUUGACGGAAGCCUGGACGCGUUGUCGAUGGAGUCGAGCCGGAAAAAGCGGAGAAAAACCGGAGUCGUUGAAGAGGAUCACAAUCGGAGCUCAGAAACCGGAGUCCGAUGGAGAUCCGAGACGGAGCAGCGGAUCUACUCGACGAAGCUCGCGGAGGCACUUCGUCAGGUGCGACGGAGAUCGUCUACGUCGUCGGCGGCGGUGGCGAAGGUAGCGGGAGGCGGGAGGGACGUGAAGGAAGCGGCGGACCGCGUUCUGGCGACGGCGGCGAAGGGGACGACUCGGUGGAGCAGGGCGAUUCUAACGGCUCGUCUCAGGAUAAGCAAAACGAUUCACAAGAAAAGAAAGGCGAGGGUGACCGGGGACAACAGGUUGAAGAAAACGGAGGUUAGGAGAGAGAGAAUAAUGUUACCAGUUGUGCAGAAAAAAGUUCGGGUUCUGAGCCGGUUGGUUCCCGGUUGCCGAAAGACGUCGCUGCCAAACCUUCUAGAAGAAACGACCGAUUACAUAGCGGCUUUGAAGAUGCAGGUCAGAGCCAUGGCGGCUCUCGCCGAGUUACUUUCCGGUUCGCCGGUGAACCGUCCCGGUUCGAGUGUCAACAGUUGACGCUGAGAGCCGGCCGCCUCGGGUUAUUGUGCCAGGUGUUUUUUCCAUUUUGUAAUAUUUAUAAAUAUUUUAAUCUUAUGAAAAUUUUAUUUUCUUGUAUUUUAUUGUAUACGUAGCUUUUUCUUUUCUUCA